AUGAGUUUGCGGGGUGAAGGUGGCAGGAGGAGAAGGGACAGCGACGAUAUGAGACGCCACAGCCCACGCAGCCGCAGGCGAUACAGUGACGACGAUGAUGAAGACGGCGGCCGCAGGGGUAGAGGGCGUGACGUCGUCUCGUCCAAGCGAGAGCAACGCGGUCGCUCAAGGUCAAGGUCAAGGUCAAGGUCAAGGUCGCCUGUGCGGAGGGGCCGCCGCUCACCGUCCCCUCACCGCCGCAAGCGCCGCACCCCAUCCCGGUCGCGUUCCCGGUCGCGUUCCCGGUCGCGUUUCCCGUCCCCGCCACGCAGCCGAGGUCGCCGCGACAGACGCGACCACGACGAUGACAACGACUAUGACAGGGAUUCGCGCCGCAGCCGUCGGCGCCGCUCGCCAUCCAGCUCCAGCUCAGACAGCAGUGACAGCAGCGAUGACGAGCGAGACCGCCACCAUCGCCGCCGCUCAAGCACUCGCGCGCACGACGAUGCCCCUGACGAGCGGGACGCAUCGCCGGCCCGCCGGACCAGCACGGGCAGCGCACGCGAGCGACGUCGCAGCAGCAGCAGCAGCAGCAACCGCAAGGACAAGGACAAGAAGAAGAAGAAGGACAAGAAGAAACACAAAAAGUCAAAGAAGAACAAGAAGAAGUCAAAGAAGGACGAGGUGAUGUACAGCUCCAUCACGGGAGAGGUGAUCAAGCGCAGCAUCCCAAAGUCAAAGGAGGACAAGAAGCGCGACAAGCAGCGGCAGAAGUUCCUUGAGCUGGCAAACGCCCUCUACGGCUGA